GAUUUGACGGAUGACGUUUUAUAAGUGUCACUUGACAAUUAUUGGCGAUCAGCUGGAUGUUAUUUUUCUCCCUUUCCUAAUCCAGAAUUAAUAUUUACUUUUAUAUAAUAUACAAUAUUUGAUCCUUGCUUCAAUUGGAUGAUUUUCUGAGUACAAACUACUAACAUAAAGUUAUAACAAUGGAUACAGUUGUAAAAUCAAUGUUAGAAGAAGAUGAAGAAGAAAAACAGGGUUUAGUACUGUUUGGUCGUGAUUUAUCCAAAAUACCUUGCUUUCGAGAAAGCUUCUUAACUGGUAUUGCCACAGGCAUCGGUAUUGGAUUUGCGUCAUUUAUGAAGACCUCAAAGCCAUUGUUAUCGCAGCAUGUGGGAGUUGGGGCUUUUGCAACUACAACAUUGGUGUAUUGGUCCUAUUGUAGGUGGCAAUGGUCACAACAGAGGUUUGAUGCACAAAUGCUACAAGAAGCAUUAAAAGACAAGAUAAUGUAUGAAGGUACAACUGUAGAAAAAGAAUUAGAAAGUAAAGGUAUCCUUAAAUCAGCUUAAACAUAAAUUAUGUUUUGAUAUCAAGUACUUUCCAAUAGCAAAUAAAACUUAUAAAAUUUUUUGAGCACCACCUUUGUAACUAAUACCAUUGAUAAAUAGACACAGACAUUCAGGUUCAUCUAUGAUCAAAGUAAAGACCUUUUGAAGUGGAUUUAAAUAUUAAAAAAGUGCAAUUGUCAAAAGUAUUGAGAGUUUUAAGUAUUUUUAAGGUAGUAUAGAAUAAUCAUAUGUAAGCCAUAUAGAAAUUUGUAUUAAAUAAUUGUUAUAACUAAUCAAAA